AUGGUCCUUGUUGUGGAUCAGGGAAAGCAGCAGUAUCCUGCUCCCUUAGACACCAGAAGAGCUGGGAAUCCAGGCUACCUCUGGGGGAUGUUCGGUGGCGUAGUCUGGAACCUGGCGAACAUCUUGCUGUGCAAAGGCAUCGGGAUGAUGGGGAACGCCAUCGGCUUCCCUUUGUGCGUCGGUCUGGGCAUGGUCACGGGCGCCGUGGUGGCCUACGUGCAGGAUCCUAAGAGCGACCUGUCCUUCCUGGUGCCAGGUGUGCUGGUCGCCUUGUGUGGCAUCUCCACGGUCGGCUUGCUGUCGUACCGCAAGGACCAGGAGGUCUUUCGCCGCGCCGGCUCGAGCUCUUCGGAUGAGUCGGAGGUCGACGGCACCGUGUCUCAGGAAACCGCAGCCAGCGCGGAGGAGUCCGCAGAGUCCGCAGACUGCGCGGAGGCAGCGAAGCCACCCCGCGCCAGCAUGCUUAGGAAGCUGGUGGUCUGCAUCACCGGGGGCCUCCUUCUGGGCUUCUCCAACAUUGGGGUGGGGAAGGCAACCUCCGACCCCUGCUUGCUGUCGCCCUACGCCAAUCAGACGUACUUCUCGCUGGGCGUUUUCCUCAGCUCCCUCGUGAUGCUGCCUCUGAUAACCGCCUGCCCCAUCGAGGGCGGGGCCGGGACCAAUUUCUGUCCCAUCCUCAGGGGCUAUCGCGCCGUGCCGCUCAAGUGCCACCUGCUCUCCAUGCUGGGCGGCUUCAUCCUCUGCUCCGGGUUCUUCUUCUUCAACCUGGGCAACAAGUCCAUGAAUCUCACCAUCUCCUACUGCAUCGGCCAGUCUGCGCCCUUGGUGGGCAUCCUUUGGGGCACCUUCUUCUUCAAGGAGUUCGCGGGCACCUCCGCCGGAGUUUGGGGCCUGGUGCCCGUGGUCUGCGUGCUGUUCGCCACCGCUAUUGCCCUCAUCGCGGCAGCUGGCUGA